GGUGAAUACUGUUCUAUACCUUGUCCAGCCGGUACAUAUGGUAGUAACUGCUCAUCUGUUUGUAACUGUAAGAACAAUGCAGUGUGUUCUCCUGUGGAUGGCUCAUGUACUUGUAAAGCAGGUUGGUAUGGAGUGGAUUGUUCCAUCAACUGCCCUCGAGGAAGCUGGGGUCUUGGAUGUAAUCUCACCUGUCAGUGUCAGAAUGGAGGAGCCUGCAAUGCUGUGAAUGGAAGCUGCACAUGUGCUCCUGGCUGGAGAGGUGUAAACUGUGAACUCCCAUGCCAGGAUGGCACCUAUGGAAUGAAUUGCUCUGAACGUUGUGACUGUAGCCAUGCUGAUGGCUGUCAUCCAGCCACUGGGUACUGCCGUUGCCUGGCAGGGUGGGCAGGUAUGCACUGUGACAGCAUAUGCACUGGGGGACACUGGGGACCAAACUGUUCACUAUCCUGUAACUGCAAGAACGGGGCCUCCUGCUCACCAGAUGAUGGUAUCUGUGAAUGUGCACCUGGGUACAGAGGUCCAACAUGUCAAAGAAUUUGUUCUCCAGGCUUCUUUGGACAUCGGUGUAGCCAAGCUUGUCCACAGUGUGUCCACAGCAAUGGUCCUUGCCAUCAUGUGACCGGCCAGUGUGAUUGCCUUGCUGGCUUUAUGGGCUCUCUCUGCAAUGAAGUUUGUCCCAGUGGCCGGUUUGGGAAGAACUGUGCUGGCAUUUGUACAUGCACUAACAAUGGCACCUGUAACCCCAUAGAUGGCUCUUGCCAGUGCUACCCUGGAUGGAUUGGUAGUGAUUGCUCCCAACCGUGCCCUCCUGGACACUGGGGCCCCAACUGUAUUCACACCUGUAACUGCCAUAAUGGAGCAUACUGCAGUGCAUAUGAUGGAGAGUGCAAGUGUUCCCCUGGAUGGACUGGGCUCUACUGUACUCAGAGGUGCCCAUUGGGAUAUUUUGGAAAAGAAUGCUCCUUGGUAUGCCAGUGUCAGAAUGGUGCUGACUGUGACCACAUAACUGGACAAUGUACAUGUCGUACAGGAUUCAUGGGAAAACACUGUGAACAGAAGUGUCCACCAGGAACUUAUGGGUAUGGCUGUAGACAAGUGUGUGAUUGUCUCAACAACUCCACGUGUGACCACAUCACUGGAACCUGUUACUGCAAUCCAGGCUGGAAGGGUACAAGAUGUGAUCAAGCUGUAAUGAUAAUUGUCGGGAAUUUGAACAGCCUGACCCGCACUAGUGCAGCGAUCCCUGCUGACACCUACCAGAUUGGGGCCAUUGCUGGCAUCAUUAUCCUCGUCCUGGUUGUCCUCUUCCUGCUAGCACUCUUCAUCAUCUAUAGACACAAACAGAAGGGCAAAGAGACAACUAUGCCAGCUGUAAGCUACACCCCCACCGUCCGCGUCCUCAGCACAGACUACACUAUCGCAGAUACCCUUCCACACACCAAUGGGGGAAAUUCAAACAGUCAGUACUUUUCUAACCCGAGUUAUCACACACUGAGCCAGUGCACAACCGGUCCACAUAUCAACAGUAUGGACAGGAUGAUGGUCUCCAAGUCUAAAAGCAGCCAGCUUUUUGUAAACCUGAAGAGCCUGGAUCCAGGAAAGAGAUCACACACUAUAGAUUACACGGGUACUCUGCCAGCAGACUGGAAACAAGGAGGAUAUCUCAAUGAGCAUGGUCUACUGAAAAGCUCUGCAUAUAGCAUAAGCAGCUGUUCCCUGAGCAGCACUGAAAACCCAUAUGCCACCAUCAAGGAUCCGCCAGCUCUUCUGCCUAAGCACACAGAGUGUGGCUAUGUGGAGAUGAAGUCACCAGCACGGAGGGACUCUGCUUAUGCAGAGAUAAGUAAUGGUAGCUUGGCCAAUAAAAAUGUGUAUGAAGUUGAACCUACAGGCAAUACAGUCCAAGGGAUCUUCAACAACAACUGUAAAGCCAGCCAAGAUCUCUAUGACCUUCCAAAGAACAGCCACAUUCCCUGCCACUAUGACCUUCUCCCUGUUCGGGACAGCACAUUAUCUACUAAGCAAGACACAAGCAGUGAAUGA